AUGUGUGAGAUGGUCGUCGAACGCUUAAAAGAAACCCAUACAUUAUUUUUCGAUGCUAAGCUGCUGAAAGGAGGACUUGCAGGAGGACUGCAUGAACAGUUAAAAAUCGGCCGGGCAGAUGAAUUUGAUUUUAUGAUUGAAACACCACUACUCGCUGAUAAACGUUAUCUUUCACUCACAAUAUCAAAAACUACCGGACAGAUCCAUUAUCAUUUCACUGAUGAUUUUAGACUACUGUUCGACAAUCUAUCUGAUGAUCUGAUGAAUGAAGUGUGGAUUGAAGAUGCUGUAUGGUUCUAUUUGAAACGUACAUGUCUAAAAGUAUUUGAAGAUCUAUUUCAACAAUAUAUGCGACCAAAUUGGUCACUGAUAAGUAAGGGACACCAUGGAAUGGGAACACCAGUAGCAAUCACAAUUUACCUAAAAUGGUGUGGGAAAUUAGAGAUCGGUAUUGAUUUUGUACUGGCAAUUCCCACUCGACUUCGUCCCUUGCCGCUCAUAAAAAUGGCUAAACACAAAGAGUUAUUUACUGAACUUGUAAUCAAAGAGAGUGAACUCCAUUACCUGCUCACUGGCAGAGAUACUUGUCGAUUAUCAUGUGGUGAACUUGAACAUAAACUUCUCUCAAACUAUGGCAUUAACUCUGGACAAAAAGUGUGUCUGAGAGCAGCAAAAUUUCUUCUAUCGAAAUUCGUAUUAAAACAAUGUCCAAUAAUAGACGAUGUUCCUGGAUGGGAAUCGACGAUCGAUUCGGAAGCGUGUUCCUAUUGGAUAAAGACAAUUAGUUUUACCUUAUUUGAAAAAUAUCCAUCGGAUGAGGAUUGGGAAAAACCUUAUUACGGUCAACGUCUACUUGAAUUAUUCCAAUUGUUACACAGUGCCGUAGAAAAUUGCGAACUUUAUAAUUAUUUUAUACCCAGUUGUAAUCUUUUUAGUCAAUUGGUGACUCGACCUGAAGUUGUACAGUUAUUGAAUAAUCAAUUGUCGGUAUUAAUUGAACAUUUACAAAUGCUUGAAAGCAACAAGGCGGAAGAACAUCAAGCAUUUGAGAAGCUCGAACAAUUGGCUAAUCGACGAGAAUGGGAAGCAAAAAACUUGUAUUUGACCAUGACCGCAAAAGAUGAACUGUAUGUUAUGUUACAUAAUUAUGCACUGGAUGCUUAUAAUCCUGUAUGGUACACGAGAAUACAAAAUUUUAUGCGUGAACAUUUGCCUAAUAUGCGUCUGAAUGGUAAAGGAUGUCAAUGCACAUUGUACGGUGAACGUGGCGAAAAGAUUAAUAUUAAUCAGCAUCUUGUACCGCUUAUGGGAGAGAAUGAAAGCAUGAAUUAUUUUGAAUUGCAAUCAGCGGACCGACGGUCAACAAUUAUUGGAUCUUUAACUUGUAUUAGUAUUGGAGUACUCAUCUGGGUUUGGCACUGGGAACGUUUUUUCUGA